GGAGCCAAAGAAUGAAGCUUUUAUGUUCAGGCUCCUACGUGGGCUCCUCCUAGAGAGAGCGGUCUUGCGGGACGCAGUGACCCAACCCCCGCCCCCACCCCCCACGUGGUUAGAGGUUUCCAGAAGAGCUGCGACCGCUGUGCUACGCACCUCCCGGCCCCCUCGGUCCACUUCGCCGCCGACCCUUGCCCGCCCACCCACCAUGCUCAGCGCCAGCCGCGCCGCUGUUGCCCGCCUCGCCGGAGCCGCCUCCCGGAAUCCAGCUGCCAGUCUCCGCCAGGAUGGCUGGAAUGGUCUUAGUCAUGAGGCUUUUCGAAUCAUUUCAAGACGAGACUAUGCAUCAGAGGCAAUCAAGGGGGCCGUUAUUGGUAUUGACUUGGGUACAACUAACUCCUGUGUGGCAGUAAUGGAAGGGAAACAAGCAAAGGUGUUGGAGAAUGCAGAAGGUGCCAGAACUACUCCUUCAGUUGUAGCCUUCACAUCAGACAAUGAGCGCCUUGUUGGCAUGCCUGCCAAACGACAAGCAGUCACCAAUCCAAACAACACAUUUUAUGCCACCAAGCGCCUCAUUGGUCGUCGUUUUGAGGAUCCUGAAGUUCAGAAAGACAUUAAAAAUGUUCCUUUCAAAAUUAUCCGUUCCUCCAAUGGUGAUGCCUGGGUAGAAGCCCAUGGGAAACUAUAUUCCCCAAGUCAGAUAGGUGCAUUUGUGUUGAUGAAGAUGAAGGAGACUGCAGAAAACUAUCUAGGACAUUCAGCAAAAAAUGCUGUUAUUACUGUGCCUGCUUAUUUCAAUGACUCUCAACGACAGGCUACCAAAGAUGCUGGUCAAAUAUCUGGCUUAAAUGUACUUCGAGUGAUCAAUGAGCCUACAGCUGCGGCCUUGGCUUAUGGCUUAGACAAAUCUGAAGACAAAAUCAUUGCAGUGUACGACUUAGGUGGUGGAACUUUUGAUAUUUCUAUUCUGGAAAUUCAGAAAGGUGUAUUUGAGGUGAAAUCUACCAAUGGGGAUACUUUCUUAGGUGGUGAAGACUUUGACCAGGCCUUGCUCCAGCACAUUGUAAAGGAAUUCAAGAGAGAGACAGGACUUGAUCUGACCAAAGACAAUAUGGCUCUUCAGCGUGUACGGGAGGCCUCUGAGAAGGCCAAGUGUGAGCUUUCUUCUUCUGUGCAGACCGACAUCAACUUACCAUAUUUAACUAUGGAUGCUUCUGGGCCCAAACACUUGAACAUGAAGAUAACUAGAGCUCAGUUUGAGGGCAUUGUCACCGAUCUCAUCAGGAGGACUAUUGCCCCAUGCCAGAAGGCCAUGCAAGAUGCUGAAGUCAGCAAGAGUGAUAUUGGAGAAGUCAUCCUAGUUGGUGGCAUGAGCAGAAUGCCCAAGGUUCAGCAGACAGUACAAGAACUCUUUGGCCGGGCCCCUAGUAAAGCUGUCAAUCCUGAUGAAGCUGUGGCUAUGGGAGCUGCCAUUCAGGGAGGCGUAUUAGCUGGUGAUGUCACAGAUGUGCUACUUCUGGACGUCACUCCCCUUUCUCUGGGCAUUGAGACAUUAGGAGGUGUCUUCACCAAACUAAUUAAUAGAAACACAACUAUUCCAACUAAGAAGAGCCAGGUGUUCUCUACAGCUGCUGAUGGUCAGACACAAGUGGAAAUUAAAGUGUGCCAAGGAGAAAGAGAAAUGGCUGCAGACAACAAGCUUCUUGGACAGUUUACUUUGAUUGGAAUUCCACCAGCCCCACGAGGGGUUCCACAGAUUGAAGUCACAUUUGACAUUGAUGCUAAUGGGAUUGUACAUGUUUCUGCAAAAGAUAAAGGCACAGGACGUGAACAGCAAAUUGUGAUCCAGUCUUCUGGUGGCUUAAGCAAAGAUGACAUUGAGAAUAUGGUUAAGAAUGCAGAGAAGUAUGCUGAGGAAGACAGGAGAAAGAAAGAACGUGUGGAAGCUGUCAAUAUGGCAGAAGGAAUCAUUCACGAUACUGAAACAAAGAUGGAAGAAUUCAAAGAUCAACUUCCAGCAGAUGAGUGCAAUAAACUAAAAGAAGAAAUUUCUAAAAUGAGAGAGCUCUUGGCUCGCAAAGAUAGUGAAACGGGAGAAAACAUCAGGCAGGCAGCAUCUACUCUCCAACAAGCAUCAUUAAAGCUCUUUGAGAUGGCAUAUAAAAAGAUGGCAUCUGAGAGGGAAGGAUCUGGAAGUUCUACUUCUGGGGAACAGAAGGAAGAUCAGAAAGAAGGAAAGCAAUAAUGUCACCAGUUGAUCUUGACUGGAGCAGAAAUUGGGAAAUCAUUUGUGAAGCUUGGGAACAAAGGGGCACAAGGACCUUCCUGAGCAGAAAUGGGCAAACUUCAGUCUUACUGUGUUUUUGCAGUAUUCUAUAUAUAAUUUCCUUAAUGUAUAAAUCUAGUGAGUGUAUUAGCUAAUUAUCAUUUGACAGGUAAUUCAGAUAAUACAGAGUUCUAAAUGUUCAUCCCCAGCCUAUCUUUAUUUUCCAACUGCAUGUAAAGAAAGAGGGGAUUGAUUCGCUGAUCAUUAUAAAGGCUUGACACAGUUGUUUGCAGCAGUGACUGUAAUUCCAAGGAGUGAAACAAAACCAUGUCACAAAAUUGAGAGUAGGGGACCACCAUAAUCCUUAUAAGACUCAGUAGGAACAGGUCCUUCUAGUUAGUCAAGUACUGAUCUGCCAUGGCUGGUGGGCUCCCAAUCCGUAGUCCCUGCAGGACCAGCUGCAUUGCCAGAGAAGAGAGAAACUAGAUUGAAAGACAUGGUUCUACUUUGUUUUAUCUACAACUAUUCCUUUUGAAAUUAGGUGAUUAAUAAGGCUCUUCAGCUUACCCAAGCAUUUUUUUCCUCCAUCUUCUAGCCUUUGCUUUUUGGGUACCUACUUAAUUGGUAAUUGUUCUUUUGAUCCGUUCUGGAUUUUUUAAGAAAAAUAAAAAUGAAAAGAAGGU